GUUAAAAUCCAGCCUCAGCGCGAGCCGACCGUUCUCUGUAUCGACCAUGGCUCCUGUUUCGGACCCGAGCUCCUUCUCUUCUCUGUCUAAGUGCGCUACCAAGCACUUAAAUCUCACCUAUCACGUUGAUUUUGACAGGCACGUGCUGAAAGGAAAGGUCGCCCUGACAGUGGAGGUUCUGGAGGAUAAAUUCACUUCUCUGACGCUUGACUCAAAGGACCUGAAGAUCUUUAAGGUUUCUGCAAAUGGCCAGGCAGCAACUUUUGCUUUGGGGGCUCAGCAUAAAUUUAAGGGUUCUCCUCUAGAGAUCACCCUGCCAUUCGAGCUGUCACGUGGGCAGCAUGUGAUUAUCGAGAUCGACUUUGAGACGUCUCCUAGUGCCACAGCUCUGCAAUGGCUGACCCCCAAACAGACUGCUGGGAAAAAACAUCCCUAUCUGUUCAGCCAGUGCCAGGCUACUCAUUGCAGGACUAUGGUGCCCUGCCAAGACACUCCUUCUGUCAAGCACACUUACUAUGCACAGGUGUCUGUACCCAAAGAGCUGGUGGCCUUGAUGAGCGCAUUGCAUGAUGGGCAGGAAGCAGAUCCAAAUGACAGCAGCCGAAUCAUUUAUCGUUUCAGACAGCCUGUUCCCAUGCCCUCUUAUCUCAUUGCCAUUGUAGUUGGCGCAUUGGAAAGCAGGGAUAUUGGACCCCGCUCCAAAGUUUGGUCUGAGAAGGAGUUUGUUGACCUGGCAGCAUUUGAGUUCUCAGAGACUGAGAUCAUGCUGAAGACGGCUGAGAGCCUUGCAGGGCCGUACGUUUGGGGACGUUAUGAUGUCCUGGUUCUGCCUCCGUCUUUUCCUUACGGUGGCAUGGAGAACCCCUGCCUUACGUUUGUCACCCCAACUGUACUGGCUGGAGAUCGGUCCCUUGCUGGCGUCAUCGCUCAUGAGAUUUCUCACAGCUGGACAGGGAACCUGGUGACCAAUAGGACCUGGGAGCAUUUCUGGUUGAAUGAGGGUCACACAGUGUAUUUAGAGCGAAUGAUUGCCAGGUCUAUGGAGAGUGAACAGCUCAGGCAGUUUAAAGGCAUUGGAGGAUGGAAGGAGCUGCAGGAGGCUGUGAAACAGUUUGGAGCAAACAAUGUCCUUACAAACCUGGUUCCAAAUCUGCAUGAGGUGGACACGGAUGAGGCCUUCUCCUCCGUGCCUUAUGAGAAAGGAUUUGCUUUGCUUUAUCAUCUGGAGGAACUACUGGGAGGUCCAGAAGUCUUCAUGGGCUUUGUGAAGUCCUACAUUCAGCUUUUCGCCUAUGGCAGCGUAACCACAGAGGAAUGGAAAGACUAUCUGUUCACUUAUUUCAAAGACAAGGUGGACAUCCUGAAUAAAGUGGACUGGAAUGGAUGGAUGCACACACCAGGAAUUCCCCCAGUUAAACCACAGUAUGACACCACUAUGGCCGAUGCCUGCACUUCUCUGUGUGAGAGAUGGGUGAAGGCGAAAGAAGAAGACCUUGCGAGCUUUACUGAGGCAGAUGUGAAGAAACUGAACUCUUAUCAGCUCAUUGAGUUCGUGGCUUUGCUACUGCAAGAGGAGCCCCUGCCUCUGACCCAUGUGAAGAGAAUGCAGGACGUCUACCAGCUCAACAGUGUGAAAAAUGCAGAGGUCCGCUUCAGGUGGUUGCGUGUGUGCGUCAAAGCAAAAUGGGAGGAAGCCGUUCCCCUUGCACUGAAGAUGGCCACUGACCAGGGCAGGAUGAAGUUCACCCGUCCCCUCUUUAAGGAAGUAUACAAUUUCUCCAAGUACAGCGAGGAGGCAGUGAAGGUUUUUAAAGAGCACCGUGGAGCGCUGCACCCUGUCACUGCAAUGCUGGUGGCCAAGGAUCUGAAAGUGGAUGGAAGUUAGGACCCUGGAGCUUCUCACAAGCGCGCUGCUCUUUGCAUUAUUCUUAACUCGAACCCUCAGCAAAUUAGUUAAUGUGAAGAACGAUUUUAUUUUGCUUGGCCAAAGUGCUCAACUGUUUUCACAGUAUCUUGAUGGAUGUUUCUCUCAGGGCUUAUAAAGCAAGCACCCUUUCAGUAUCAUGCAGUAUAUGUCACUCUCAUAUAGUUCAGUGUUAAUAAAAAUCUCUAUAAACAUCAACCUUUUAUACAAUCUCAAUCUCAAAUGAAGGUUUCUGUAAUAAACUCCAUCGUCUGUA